AUGCCUCCCGUCCUCUACCCCUCUGCGGCUGGCCUCCUGUGGUCCUGCUACGAACGCACGAUGCACUUCCUCACCGUCCUGCUGUUCGGCACGGCCCUCUCCAGCCCCCUACCACGCCAGAACGGACUGUUAGGCGUGCUCGACUGGUCCCUCAAGCGGAAACUGACGUUUAACACUGAUGGAGAGUUCAAGGUGGUGAGCUUCUCGGAUAUGCAUUUUGGGGAGAGGAACGGGGAUGGGACGUUUGCCAGUUGGGGGCCGGAGCAGGACACGAACACUACUAUCGUGCAUUCUAUCAUCCUUGACCAGGAAAAGCCGGACUAUGUGGUCUUCAACGGCGAUCUCAUGACGGGAGAGAACGUGUUCGCCUUCAACGCUACUGGCUACCUGGACCAGAUGUAUGGUCCUACCAUCCAGCGCGGGAUCCCCUUCUCCAGCACGCACGGGAAUCACGACAACUCGAACAACAUCACCCAUCUGGAGGAGAUCGAGUACGAGAUUGCCCACUACGGGGGGUUAUCGUACACCCGUGCGGAUGUGGGGCCUCGCCCGUAUGGGUGUGGGAACUACUGGGUGCUGGUCUACGCUAGAGAAGAGGACUCGGCGCCAGCGGUGGUGAUGUGGUUCUUUGACUCGACAUCGUUUGUUCCCGACGUGCCGGCGCCUGUCCCGGCAGAGGCGAAUUACUACUGGAUUGACGAAAACACGGUGCCGCAGUAUGUUGAGACCCAGAGUGGACUCAUGAAGGCUGUCUGGGGCUCUCUACCCCCCUCGCUUGUCUUCGUGCAUAUCCCUUUCCAGCACUCUGACGACCUCUGUACACUGCCUACCGUUGGGGAUCACGACGACGAUCCCGAUCCUGCAACCCAAGGUUUCCUCAACAACGCAUAUACUGGGCUUGACCUCCCGGCGUUCCAGGCGAUCAUCGGCUUAGCAGAAGGGAAGAACGAGGUGCUCGCUGUGACCUCUGGGCACGAUCACGGUGAUUCGUGGUGUGCGCGGUCGUAUAACGCGUCCGGAUUGGCGCUGUGCUUUGAUGGACAUUCGGGGUAUGGAGGUUAUGUGACGCCUCACUCGGAAGUGCGCAAUAGGAGAGUGUUUAAUCUCCGGCUUGAAGAUCUGUCAGCGGUCAAUGGCCCAAUGGUGGAGACGUGGAAUUCGUAUGAGAAUAAGACGACGAAUGAUUAUUUUGUACUAGGACCAGACUUUAUGAAGGAAUAUCUUUAG